CGCAGAGUAUUAGCUAACCAGAUUGGCUUUAUACAUCCCUGUCCACCCAAAAAAAAAAAAAUUGCAAGUUCCUUUCACUUUAUCUUUCUCUCAAAAAAUUAUACUUUGCCGAAGAAAUUCAUCACAAUAAAGCACUGCAUCAGCCGAAAGUUAGAAGAAAUGCCAUCCUCCUCCUCUACGGUUCCGAGGGUGGAUUAUUCUCUCGGACCGAACUUUGAGAAUUCGCUCUAGCGAAGGAUUGAAGGGGCGAAGAACAAGAGGAAACUUCUAAGGAUAAAAAGGAGGAUUCUUUUCCCUUGGAAUACAAAAAGGGGUGGGUGGGAUCGAAUUAUGAUGAAGCUAGCGGUAUCACCACCAAUCUUGAUGAGAUCGUUGAGAAAGGCAUUUUUCUGUAGCGCUGCAUCCAAAUGGGAAGGCGGCGUCUCCAUGGUGCAAGGAGCUUCCAGAGGAAUUGGCCUUGAAUUCGCAAGGCAACUGUUGGAGAAGAAUGAAAAAGGGCAUGUUAUUGCUACUUGUCGGAAUCCUGAUGGGGCUACUGGCCUUCUUGAAUUGAAAAGAAAAUUUAUGGAACGCGUCAACAUAAUGCAACUGGAUGUAACAAAUGAGAGCACCAUACAGCAGGCAACAGCAGCCUCUAUAAGAGAAAGCUAUGGGUCACUGAACCUACUGAUUAAUGCUUCUGGAAUUCUUUCGGUACCUAAUGUAUUACAACCUGAAACAACACUAAGCAAGGUAGAGAAAUCAUCUCUGCUGGUUGCAUAUGAAGUCAAUGCCAUUGGCCCCAUUCUAGUGAUUAAGCACAUGUGGCCACUUCUGAGGGUGGGCGGUGGCUCUGGACUAGAAAGAAAAUUUGCUGUUGUAGCAAACUUGAGUGCCAGAGUGGGCUCAAUUGGAGACAAUGGUUUGGGGGGAUGGCAUUCAUAUCGCUCUUCAAAAGCAGCAUUAAAUCAGUUGACAAAGACUAUAUCUGUGGAGUUUGCUCGAAAAAAGGAUCCAAUUAUUUGCAUUCUGUUGCAUCCUGGAACUGUUGAUACAGACCUUUCACGGCCAUUCCAGAGAAAUGUACCACAGGGUAAGCUCUUUACAAAAGAGUUCUCUGUACAGAAGCUCUUAACCAUCAUAGACAACUCUAAACCCAGUGACAAUGGGAAAUUCUUUGCUUGGAAUGGUCAAGAAAUUCCAUGGUAAUUGGUGCCACCACCAAGCCAUGACCGGCAUCAUCCAAUUGGUCUAAUAACUGCUUCUGUUAGCCGUGACAAGUAGCCAACCUGCCGAUAGCAGCCAUUUCUUCCCUGCGUUGAUAGCAGCCAUUUCUUCCCUUCAUUUCCUCACCAAUUUUUGGUGAAUCUUUCGGCCACAACACAUUGGUCACUCUUUGCACACUUUCUGAAUUAAUCUUUUUCAUUACGUUAUCAUGAUACUAGAAGCUACUGAAUCUAAAGACUACUAGGAGAUAAGUUUAUUGGACCCUUGGCACUGGGAAUGACUUAUGUCAGCGCAUCUAGAGCAUAAAGCAACCUGCCAGGAACAUAAGCUUUUUGCUGAGUCCUUGGACUUUUUUUUUCUUUUUUUCCUUUUUUACCCCUAAAUGCAAAAGCUGUUCCAUUUUUGCAAAUGGAUUUUUCUUAUUUAAUAAGGAUGGCUUUUCCUCUAUUGCAUAUUUGCAUCAUUUCUCCUGAAUUAUCCCUCAGCAAAACUUUACAAUAGCAGCCAAUCACCAUACUUUGCUGUGAGACUAUCAUGAGAUUUCACAAAACCAAGAAAUUCGGGCAAAUAUCGACGUUGUGUGCAAAUUUUUGAAGUGGAUCUAAAUUAAUUUUGACAAGUAAAAUCCACUUUUUUCCUCGAGCUUUGGUAAUGUAUCUUUGGAAAGAUGUAUGGAAUGCUAGAGAUUUAUUGCAGGGCGAUUAUGCGCAACUUAAGUUGGCAUGAUAGCGUAGUCAUUUAAUCACCUGCCCAUUGUUGUUGAAGUCAAGAGUGUCAAUUGCAUGAAAGACGUUGGUUCAUACCAUGUCUCUGUUUUCCCCCCUUUUGAUAAGAUCGUUGUAUUAUAUAUGAACAAAAUGUUUCUUAAUAAACAAUAUACAUUUGUUUUGUCUGUAGUCA